AUGAAUUUAUUUCCUUUAUUUUCAUUUUUGUUAAUUAAUUUGGGCUAUUUCACAAACAGUGAAAAAGCAACAACUGAACAAUGCGACACUGUGAUGGAAUAUCGUGUAGAUGAUUCCUGCAUAUGUACAAAGGAUAAUUUAAUUAAUUGUCUAAAGACAUUAAUAACUGAAGGAACGUGUACAAAAGAAAAUUAUCCUAUGAAUUUUAUUGAAACACCGUGUUCUAAAAUGUAUUCAAAAUGUUCUUCGCCGAAAGAUGAAUGUGUAAUUGGAGCCUGUGCAUGUUUUGAUGCGGUUGUUGAUUGCUUAAUCGCAGGAAAAUGUAAACCAUUAACUUUAACAAAGUUGCUCGACAGUCCAACAUCAAAUAAAGGUGUUCGAGUAUCUGAUACAGCUUUUAAUUUAAACAAUUUAUUUGAUGCACAUUUUGAAAAAAUUGAACAAUGA